AUGAAUCGUCUACCAACGUGUCUUGUGGCGUUUCGGCGUACUUCUUCCUCAUUGUAUCAUCCCAAGAACAAUAGCACUAUCAAUAGCAGGAUCUGGAACAUCCGCCGAUUAACCAAUGCGGCUGCUACGAAGAAGUUGCCCCUGGCAGGGUUGAAGGUGUUGGAUAUGAGUCGAGUAUUGGCUGGGCCAUACUGUACUCAGAUCCUCGGUGACUUAGGGGCAGAGAUUAUCAAGAUCGAACACCCAGUUCGAGGAGACGACACGAGAGCUUGGGGUCCUCCGUAUGCGACCUACAAGGAUGGCAGGGACGGAGUUGGUGAAAGUGCCUAUUACCUCUCUGUAAACAGAAACAAGCGCUCGCUGGGGCUCUCCUUCGCUCACCCGGAGGGCGUUGAGAUUCUGCACCAACUAGCUCGAGAAUGCGACGUGCUGGUGGAAAACUACCUCCCGAAUUCGCUGAAAAAGUACGAUCUCGAUUACGAGACCAUACGACACAUCAACCCCCAUCUCAUCUACACCAGUAUCACCGGGUAUGGCCAGACGGGACCGUACAGCAACCGACCAGGCUUUGACGUCAUGGUCGAGGCGGAAUUCGGCCUGGCGCAUCUCACGGGCUCCCGCGACGGACCUCCCGUGAAGGUGGGCGUCGCCGUGACGGAUCUCACAACGGGCUUGUAUGCGUGUAACUCCAUCAUGGCGGCGUUGUUGGCGCGAGGCAUCACGGGUGAAGGCCAGCAUUUGGACGUGUGUCUGAGUGAUUGCCAGGUAGCGACGUUGGCCAAUAUGGGUAGUUCGGUCUUGAUCAGCGGGGAAAAGGAUUCCGGGAGAUGGGGCACGGCGCAUCCGUCUGUUGUCCCCUAUCAGAGUUUCAAAACUGCCGAUGGCGAUAUUUUCGUCGGAGGUGCCAACGACCGGCUCUUUGGCAUUUUGUGUGAAAGACUCGGAAGACCGGAGUGGAAGGACGGCAAGAGGUUCGGCAGUAAUAAUGAGAGGGUUCGGAAUCGUAACGUGCUGGAAGGUAUGAUCGAGAUCGAAACAGCCAAGCGCACGACCAAAGAAUGGCAGCAGAUUUUUGAGGGCAGUGGUCUCCCAUUCGCAGUUGUCAACGAUGUUCAAGCCACGAUGAAUCACGAACAUGUCCGCGCACGAGGCAUGGUUCAAACGAUUGAUCAUCCUUCAUGUGGGCCCAUCAAGGUGAUCAGUCCCCCGGUGAAGUAUUCCAACGCAGAACCGAGUAUCAGGAGCCCGCCUCCCGUCCUAGGGCAGCAUACGCAAGAAAUUCUGCAGGAUGUGGUGGGGUUUAGCGAUUCACGAAUCCAGGAAUUGAAAGCAAAGGGCGUAGUUGCAUAG